GGGAGAGGGCCCCUGCUGAAGGGCUGCUCACUCCCUGUCAGGACACGGCGCUGCCAGCACUCGCCCUCGCGGCAAAGCUCUCGACUGCCAGCAUGGGGGAUUCGGAGUUUUCCCACGAGGCUGGGGCGGACCACGUGACUCCUGACAUGCAAGAAGCCUACAAGAAAAACGGCUAUGUUAUUAUAAGAAACGUACUCAACGAAACCGAAAUGAAAAAAUUGCGGAGGACUAUGGAAUGCGAAGGAAUGCAGAAACACGCCUACACCACAGCCGACGGGGAAGACAGGCAGUCUGGGCUGGUUAUCUGGUUCACCGUCGACAACGACGUGCCCAGCGUGGUGGCUAGCUCCGAGAAGGUUGCAGGGGUCAUGGAGAAGCUGAUGGGGAAUGAGGAGGUGUACCACUUCAGCAGCAAGCUCAUCAUGAAGCACCCGGGCUCGCGUGGCGCCUUCACCUGGCAUCAAGACUAUGGGUACUUCUACACCUGGGGCUACAUUUACCCAGACAGUGCCUCGGUAUUCAUCGCUUUGGACGAAUGCACGAAGGAGACAGGCUGCUUGCAGAUCAUUAAGGGCUCUCACCACAUGGGGAGGAUCAACCACUUCGUUACCGGAAAAAUGCUCCAGGCAGACCCGGAAAUUGUGGCAGAGGCCAAGAAACGUUUGGAAGUCGUAGACGUCGAAAUGAAACCUGGUGACGCCAUAUACUUCAGCGGAAACCUCCUCCACUGCUCUCUUCCCAACGUUUCCAAUAAGCCGCGCUGGUCCUACGUCAUCGCUUACAACCAACGUCACAAUCAGACUUACAUGAAACCAGGCCACCCCUUGUACACGCCGCAUCCAGGGUACAUUCCUCUCAAGAAGGUUCCCGACUCGAGCAUCCUGUCCUGCGCGGAGAACUUCGCCUUGGACAACAAGUGGUUCCUGAAGGGCGAGGAGGACCUGAGCAGAGGCAGCGACGCCGUCAGAGCUGCCGAGAAGGAGCAAUAGGCUUUUGUUUCUUAAGGGAAUGGGCGAUGAGAGAUAGAACUUGAUAGAGGGUUAGGUAGAGGGCCAAAGAGUAAUAAGCGAGAGGGUAGAAAUGCAUAAACGGAUGGAGGAAUGGAGGAGUGGGGGAUAGCAUGCAGAAGGGGAUAGAUAGAUAGAUCAGUGGAUAAAGCAUAAUGGAGGAGACAAUAUUUUUUUUAUAUAACGUUUUCGUUGUUUGAUUUUUAUAAUGUUUAAAAUUGUUUUGUGUCAGCGGUUCACAGCCGGCGGGAAGAACUAGUAGAAAGGGGAGGGGAGGGGAGGGGGGUGCGAAGCCUUGUGGGGAAAAUUGCCAAUUUGUCAGAACUCAUGUUGAGAUUUAAACUUUGGAGAUAAGAUUUCAUGGAAUAUUGCAUAACAAUUAGAUUUUUAUAUAUACUAUUGGUUGCUGCAACGGGUUGCGAGCGCAAAAAGAAAUCUAUUUUGUAUAUUUUUUGUUUUAUUUUUCUCGCAAUGUUAGUGUUAUUAUCAUUUCUAUUAUAUAAGUAUUAUGAGAAUUA